AUGAAGUUCAAUAUACUUCUCCUAUUGCUUGUGGGGGCAUGUUUGCCAUCAUUCUCUCAGGAGAUCAAACCAAAACCAGAACUUUUGCCAGCUGACGAAGCACCAAAAGAUCCAGAAGUCGCAUUCUCAGAAGGUGAACCAUUCGAACUAACCGAUGCUCUCGAUGCUCCAAAAAAUGGUUCGGUUCCAGUGCCGGAGCCAGAGCCAAAACCAGAGCCAGAGCCAGAACCAUCUCCAAAAUCUGAGCCAGAACCAAGUCCUACUCCAGAACCAGAACCAGCUAUCAAGUUCGACAACAUCGAAUCUGAAGACUACGGAGAUGUUGCUGAGGCAGUUGUAACUCAGCCAGAUGAAUUGAACACUGAAGUCAUCGAGAAACUUGUGGACACUUUCUUGAACACCGGAUCGAUUGCACCAAACAAGACCAACAAAGGACCAGUUUUUCAAAAUCCAGCCGCUCAAGCGCUAGUGAACAGCAGCGAUUACUGGAAGACGGACAAUCUUCAGGCGUCAGGAUCUAUCAAGGAUGAGGAAAAGCUUCGUUCUUGGCUGGCCGGAUACGAGGCAGAAGCCAUUAAGGUUCUCCGUGAAGUCGCUCUUUCCGGAUGGAGAUACUUCAAUGACGCUUCUCCAACCCUCAAACUUGCUCUUGAUGAGGCUGAAAACGUUCUCACCAUGUUUGUUAGAAGCACCUCUAUGCAAUCCAAGCAAUUCGAUAUGACUUCGGUCACCGACGAGAGACUGAAAAGACAACUUGGAUACGUUUCUUUCGAAGGAAUGUCUGCACUUGCUCCAUCGAGGCUCGCCGAGUUCUCCCAAGCUCAAGCUGUAUUGAACCGUGACAACAAGGAUUCCACUAUCUGUGAUAAGGAUGUCCCACCACCAUGUGCUCUUCAGAAAAUUGACAUGGAUUCGAUUUUCCGCAACGAGAAAGAUGCGUCAAGACUUCAACAUUUGUGGGUAUCUUAUGUAACUACUAUUGCCAAGAGUAAGCCAGCAUACAACAAUAUCAUUGCUGUCUCCAACGAUGGUGCCAAACUCAACGGAUUCGCUGAUGGAGGUGCUAUGUGGAGAAGUGCUUUUGAUAUGUCUUCCAAGAAUCACAAAGCUGAGUUUGACCUGAACAAGCAGAUCGACAAGAUCUACUCUACUAUCCAACCAUUCUACCAACUUCUCCACGCUUACAUGCGUCGCCAGUUGGCUGGAAUCUACUCAAACCCAGCUGGACUUAGCAAGGACGGACCAAUCCCAGCUCAUCUUUUCGGAUCUUUGGACGGAGGUGACUGGUCUGCACACUACGAACAAACCAAGCCAUAUGAGGAGGAAUCUGAGACUCCAGAAGCCAUGCUCGCUGCUUUCACUUCCCAAAACUACACAUCCAAGAAGAUGUUUGUCACCGCUUACCGAUACUUCAAAUCCGCUGGAUUCCCACAACUUCCAAAAUCGUUCUGGACUAGCUCAAUCUUUGCUCGUGUAUGGAGCAAAGAUAUGAUUUGCCACCCAGCUGCUGCUCUCGAUAUGCGCGCUCCAAAUGAUUUCCGUAUCAAGAGUUGCUCUCAACUUGGAGAACCAGAUUUUGAACGUGCUCACUCACUUCUUGUCCAAACUUACUACCAAUACUUGUACAAGGACCAAUCCCUUCUCUUCAGGGAACCAGCAUCCCCAGUUAUCACUGACGCUAUUGCUGAUGCCUUCGCUUUCCUAUCCACCAAUCCACAUUAUUUGUACUCGCAAAAGCUUGUCCCAUCUGAGCACUUGGACAUUCAGAACUCCGUCAUCAUUAACAAACUCUACCAAGAGUCGCUCCAAAGCUUCACCAAACUGCCAUUCACAAUUGCCGCUGAUAACUGGAGAUACGAGUUGUUCGAGGGAAAAGUGCCAAAGAAUAAGUUAAAUGACAGAUGGUGGGAGAUUAGAAACAAGUAUGAGGGAACUCGCUCUCCACAACCAUACAACACUUCCAACUUGGACGCCCUUAUCCAUAACUCCAUCUCUCAAGUUCACUCCCCAGCUACCCGUUCUCUCAUUAGCUACGUUCUCAAGUUCCAAAUCUUGAAGGCUCUUUGCCCAGAGGGAACUAUCUUGAGCGAAGGAUGUAUUCUUUCCGAAGACACAACCGAGAAACUCCGUGAAACCAUGAAGUUGGGAUCUUCGAUCACAUGGUUGAAGGCUCUUGAAAUGAUAACUGGGAAAGGAGAACUCGAUGCUCAACCGCUUCUUGAAUACUAUGAGCCACUUAUCAACUGGCUCCGCAACACCAAUGAAAUCGAUCAAGUUGUAAAUGGAUGGGAUGGAGAGGGAACUCCAUUCACUGUCGAGGAAAUUCCAAAGACCAGACAACCAGGAGAUGGAGGAAAUGGACUUCCAAGUGAGGAUCGCGUCGCUCUCCCAGGAGCUGAAUGUGUGAACGGACAAGAGUGUCUUCUUGACUCUCACUGCAACGGAACAAUCUGUGUCUGCAACGAAGGACUAUACACAUUGGAGAUUGGAAACACAUACAAUUGUGUUCCAGGAAAUCCAUUUGACCGAGGAUUCGGAGACGGAAAUGGAGGACUUCUCAUCGGGUUGUCUAACAACGAUGUCUCAACUCCAGAGCCUGCUGCUGAGCCAGAACCAACAACUGUGACAACAUCCACAAAGAUGCCACCAAGAGUUAGAGCAUCUGCUUCAAUCUCAUCUCUUUUCUUGACAAUUCUCCCAGUUUUCUACUUCCUUCUGUAA